CAUCCUUCCAGCUCCUCUGCACCUCCAGCUUCAUCCUAGUGGCUGCUCCCCACCCUGGGCUGGUCGGAUGUGGCCCCCAAUCUCUUCUCUCAUCAAGAAUGGGCACAGCUGUCUCCAAGAAGAAGGCACUGAGGAAUGACACCAUCUCUCAUGUAGCAGCCAAAGUUAGAGCAGCAAGGGCCUUUGGAGAAUACUUGUCACAGACUCAUCCGGACAGCCAGAACGGCUCAGACCACCUCCUUGUCCAAGAAGAUUCACCAGAAAUGCUCCAAGCCUCUCAGAACAAGCGUCGUCUCUCUGCUAUCUCUGACAGCAAGUUGGAACGAAGCUUCUCUGAGGAACGCGGGGAGAAGUUGACCAGUGACGGACCAAAGCCUCAUGUGUACACAAUCUCCGGAGAGAGGCCAAUGUUGUCCGACCACGAGAGUGACAGCAUGGAGCUGGUGGUGUUGAAGACCGAGCAGGGCGAAAGACAUCACCACCAUCACUCCCAUCAUCAUCAUCAUCCCCUGCAAAACUCAGGCAGUGCUCACAACAUCACAAGGCCUUCUAAAAGUUGGUCAGGGAGCCGACAGAACUCCAAAGAGUGCCCGAAUUGUGCCAAACUCACUGUGCCAGCACAGCACUCAUUUGAUCUAGAGCAACAUCAAUCCAACGAGUCUGGAUGGCGCAAGAAAAAGCUGGAACGUAUGUACAGCAUCGAUAGAGUAUCUGAUGAAGUUCCUGCCCGGACCUGGUUCCCCAAGGAAAAUCUCUUCACCUUUCAGACUGCCACCACAACUAUGCAAGCUAUCUCGGCCUUCCGGGGCUAUGCCGAGAGGAAAAGACGGAAGCGAGAAAAUGACUCUGCAGCUGUUAUACAGAGGAAUUUCCGCAAACACUUACGGAUGGUGGGAAGCCGGAGGAUGAAAGCUCAGACCUUCGCUGACCGAAGAGAAAGAAGCUUCAGCAGGUCCUGGAGCGACCCCACCCCAAUGAAAGCCGACUCCAUUCACGACUCCAGAGAAAGCCAUGAUUUGCAGAAUUCCUGCACCGCUCUGGAUGAAGAAUGUGAGGACCUGAACUGGGAGUCAGAAAGAGAAAUGGAAGUUCUGUCCUGUGAAGGAGAAGAUUUUAUUCCACCCAAGAUCAUGCUAAUAUCAUCCAAAGUUCCUAAAGCAGAAUAUAUUCCAACCAUAAUCAGGAGAGAUGACCCCUCCAUCAUCCCCAUUCUCUAUGAUCAUGAACAUGCUACAUUUGAUGACAUUUUAGAGGAAGUUGAGAAAAAGCUGAAUGUAUAUAGGAAGGGCUGCAAGAUCUGGGAAAUGCUUAUAUUCUGCCAGGGAGGACCCGGCUACCUCUACCUUUUGAAGAAUAAGGUCGCUACUUUUGCCAAAGUGGAGAAGGAGGAGGAUCUUAUUCUAUUUUGGAAAAGACUGAGUAAACUGAUGAGCAAAAUUAAUCCAGAACCCAAUGUGAUACACAUUAUGGGGUGCUACGUGCUGGGGAACCCCAAUGGAGAGAAGCUUUUCCAGAAUUUGAAGAACCUAAUGAGUCCGCACCAGAUCGAAUUCAAGUCCCCCCUUGAGUUAUCAGCACAAGGAAAGCAAUUGAUCGAAAGAUAUUUCGAUUUCCGAUUAUAUCGUCUCUGGAAGACUCGCCAACACUCCAAGCUGCUGGAUUACGACGACAUUUUAUGAGCCUUUCACAAUGCUGCCAUCUUAGGAGUACUUUCUUUUUUCAAGGGGGCUGAAAGAGUCUACUGGGAUCUUCUCCCCCACAUCCCCCUGCCAUGGAGAGUGGAGGACAGGGGAAAACUGAAGAAGUUGUAAGGUAACAGAGGCCGAGCCGACGGCUGGCAAAUCUUACAAAAGGAGUUGGAAGAAGGCUUGAGAAGUUUUGGCAUGUAGAGAGAUGAAGAACGAGAAGACGUCUUCAUUCUGAGCUUCACCAAUUCAGGGCAAACGCUAACCAAGAAACGCCGGGUCCUCUCUUUUUUUUUUUUUUUUCCGAGGCCCUUUUGAGACUUAAGCUCAGGUUUAAUAACACUUCUUGCACUAGAGAGCAAGGAUCCCGUCGAGCCUUCAAAACCCACAGUGAACUUUUUGUAGCAAAACCCAGGUGACUUUUAUACUUCAUGGGAUGGAAGCCGAGAACGGCGCGAAGGAAGGUCGUGUGGCCCGUUCUGCCUGCGAGGCUGCGGAAGUAGUAUUAUAGAGGGAUAUAUCUAUAUAGGACAUAUAUGUAUAUCUAAUUAGUGGGGUUUUUAGAUUAUCCACGUGGGGUGACUUAGAAUUUAAGUGCAAUUUUUUUUUUUAACCAAGCAAAUAGCGUAUCUAAUCAUGACACAAGUGCAACGGCCUUUGAGCCGUCUUGCACGGUUGUAGUGACAGCGCGGGACACUUUAGCGCAACAUCUCUUUUUUUGGGGUCCUAGACGUGUAGAUCACCAGCAAAUAAGUGUUGUUACUCUCCUGCCGAUUCCGUGCAUAUACUCACGUGUACUCCGUGCCGGUAGUCAUCUUCUAGGUAGCCGGUUCAUUAUCUAGGCUCGGCUCCAGUUAGCACUUGAUAAUUAUCGUCAUGUGAACAUAGUAGAAACCUAUGUACAGUAGGGAUAGCUGUAAUCAAUAUACAUUUACUUAUUAUAUAUAUCGGGGAGACUAGCCAUUGGGGUGAGCGACAGGGUUGCGUGACGCCGGUUGUGGCGCUCACUGAUGGUCACGUGAAGGCCUGGUUUGCACUGGCAUCCUCGGCCCGUUUGGUUGCCUAGUGCUGAUCUUUCUGGAUGAGUGAAAUAACUGAUUUAUCGAUAUAUUGCUGCAUUUUAUACUCUCUAUAUAUAUAGCGUUGUGUCAUUUAGAGGCUUUCGCCCUCUCGACCCAGGUUUUUGAUUGAUUUUGGGUCUUGAGUAAGCAGAGGUUACACGUCCUUAUCAAUCAUAUCUAUUUGUUGGAGCGGGACAGAUGUCACCGAUCUCAAGACUAGAACCCAAGUCGUUAAUUCUGCUUUUUAAAACGUUAAGUAUCCAAAAUGUCUUCUUCUUAGGCUUCGUUUGUCAAGGAGGACUUUUACUGUCUUUUGUCUAUGCCCGUUUUAGAGCCACUUGUCGCUGUUCCACUGGUUUUCCACUAGGGGGAGCCAUCACUGGCUUAAAGUUUAGGGUUAAACAUUAAGGCCCUUGAAAAGUUUCAAUAAUGUAAUUCAUAUUUUGCCUCAUUUUUAAAAAAAUUUAAAAGGUACAGAUCAUUUUUUAGAUUAAGAAAACAAUACAAAUUGGGGAUGUACUGAGAAAAUGUUAAAGUGAUCCAUGAACAUGUCCGGUUCCCUAGUACGGUAGAUAUUUGUGGUAGUGACAAGUCAUAGUGUCACUGGACCCGGUAACAUACGUGCCUAAUUCAUUUUAAUUACACCCAGACUUAAAGGGUUAAUCUAACCUCGUAAGAUGAUGGCAGAUUCCAGAAACGGUUCCAGUCUCAUCGAUGGGUUGUGUUCUUGCAGCUCUUUCCCAGUUAAGUGAAUGAAGCUAAACUGCAAUACCAAACCCUGCCUAUAAGUCAGCGGUGGUGCUGUUUCUCAGGGGUAUCCGUAGUACAGGCUGUUUAUUUUCUUAUGACCCGGCCACAGCUGGUGGAAUGUGCACUGAGGCUAGUGGAGAUGACGGUCUCUUCUCCAUGUAGCAUUGUGGAAGAUAAUGAAUAUCUGCCCGCUGACAUGACAUGCAGCCCUAGAUCUGCAUCGGUGCUGAUGAAAGCCGUCAGAGCUCAUUGAUUUAUUGAUUGCUCCAUUACUGCAGGGAACGGAUAGAUCAUUGACGUACCAUUUACUUUCUGCAGGUUUGCACUUUAGCAGCGUUCCUCCAGUUUGAUCAAUUCGACCGGAUCGAUGUUAUACUGAUGGGCAGAUUACCGACUGCUGCAUGUAGGGGGAAUGUAGUAGUAAACAGCGAGUCUAAGCCAAACAGUGGCCAGAGCAAUGAGAGGACAUCGAUAUCAGAUCGGUGGGGGUCGAAUACCCAGCAGCCUGCCGAUCAUACGUUUGAACAGGCUGCCAUACACUGUGUAGUGGCCGUGCCUGGUUACUGCAACACUGCCCCCAUUUAUUUGAAGCAGGGCUGCAGUACCACUCAUGGCCACUAACCAGUGCAUGGCGCUGUGCUGCCCUGGUACCUUGGAAACAAACCCGAGUUCGGUAAAAGUUUUUUUACAGUAGAAAUUAAUUUCUGAAGUUAUUACCCGAAGCCUCGCUCACUCCAUACAGUAUUCUAAUAAACUUUUAUGCGUAUUGACUUUGGAUGUUUUUCAUCUGAAGUCGAUUCGCUCAUCCCUAAUAUUGAUGGCCAGCGUUGAGCAAAUCGAAGUAUCCGAAGUAUCCAAAUUUCAGGGAAAAUUCAAUUUGCUGUGAAGACAAAUGUCCUUGUCCU